GUUUACGUAGCCCGUAUUUUGUACUACGGGCCACGUCGGAGUGAUGGAAGUAUCAAGCAAUUGAAUUUUACUAAUUCUUCUUUCGUUCACUUCAUCUCAUUCCACAUCCUCGUUACUUUCGUUGACUUAUUAUGCCUAUCCCAUUACUUUGGGAGACAUAUGUAAAUGGGCCCCCGGCGUGGGUGCCCGGCUGGGCGCGCGAUCCAUGGACGUUGUUCCAGAUCGGAGCUGUUGCCGUAUUCCUCAUCGUUCUGAAGCGCUACUUCAGCGGCGCCAGAACUCUGACGGAACGUAAUAUGCACGGCCGGGUAGUUAUGAUAACCGGCGGAACAUCAGGUAUAGGCGCCGUCGUCGCUCGAGAACUAGCCGCACGAGGAGCCCAGAUCGUACUCCUAACCCGAUUGCCGCCGUCAAACCCUUUCCUCGCAGACUAUAUAGGGGAAUUGCGCCAGCAAACAAAAAACCAUAUGAUAUAUGCCGAACAAGUCGACCUCUCGUCUUUACAUAGUAUCCGUCAGUUUGCUACGAAGUGGAUCGACAAUGCACCACCGAGACGCUUAGACAUGCUUAUCCUAUGCGCUGCUACGAUUACACCUCCUGGAAAGAGCCGUACAGAGACGGAGGAAGGGAUUGAAGAGAUGUGGAUGGUCAAUUACCUCGCCAACUUCCAUUUGUUGGGAAUUUUAAGUCCGGCGCUCCGAGCCCAGCCUUUCGACCGCGACGUACGAGUAAUUAUUCCGACAUGUUCUUCUUACAUCCGGUCCCCAUCACUUAACAAUGAAUUGGUGAAAAAGGAGUGGACUCCAGGGAAAGCUUAUGCUAGAAGCAAGCUGGCUUUGAUGGUAUUCGGACAAGCCUUCCAGAAACAUCUGGAUGCGUAUGAGCGACCAGAUAAACUCCCAAUGAACUCUCGAGUCGUCUUUGCCGACCCUGGUUUUACUCGCACUCCUGGAAUGAGGCGGUGGUUGACCCGUGGCACGAUCUGGGGCUUAAUUGUGUAUCUAUCUUCUUACUUGGUACCAUGGUUUUUCUUGAAGAGCCCGGAAAUGGGUGCUCAAUCUAUUCUACACGCCGCAAUGGACCCGGAUCUAAGCAGAGGAACUGGCGGAAGAUUCAUUAAGGAAUGUAUGGAGGUCGACUUUGCCAGGAUAGAUAUUAAGGAUGAAGAGGUCGCAAAGAAGCUUUGGGAAGCAAGCGAUAAGCUGAUCGAAAAGACUGAAAAGGAUCAGGCCGCACUGAGAGUCCUAGAGAAGAAGCGCCAAGAGGUGAAGGAGAAGGAGAAGCAGGAAAAAGAGAAAGCGGAGAAAAUUGACGCCUUGAUAGGUUCCAUCAAGAAAGGAAAGGAGGCUGAGAAGAAAACUUCACGGCGGAAAGGGAAAAAGGCGGCAUCAUGAAUGUACGAAUAAAUAGAUGGGAAAUAGAUGGUAUAAUAUUGACGAUCCUCAUCCUGGUUCCAACUCCCCUCCGGCAUGGCACAUAAAAUGGCAAGGUAACAAUAAAGCCUGAAGAUAGAGUGCUUGAAAUCUACAUAAAGAUCAAAUCUAUUAUAGAUGAGUCUCUAGUUCAUUUAUACUAUUCUCUAGUUA